UCUAACACCAAUCGUCCAUCCCCCAACCAAUGAGGUUCAACUAGUGAUUCUCUAAUUUUAGCCCUUUCAAACACCCUUUGCCAUAUAGAUAUAUAUCCCCUAAGGGGCAGUUGCCUAUUCAUCAGAACCCAAUUUCAUUGGCAUCAAACAGGUGCUCUCUUAUGGUACAGUUGUUCGUUCCUCUACACUCACUCUCCAAGAUCUACAGGGAGUUCGAUUACAUCUGUGCGUCGGUUUGGAACCCGCAGUGGCCUGACUGGUGGCCAGGGCGCGAUACCGUCCUAGCCAUUUAGCAGGCUAACACUCAACUCCUUCCCUGUUCUGAACACUUAAUUUUGACUUCCUUUUGGCCGGAAAAUGAACGGAAAGAAGGGGAGCGUCGAAAUUGAUAUCCUGCAUGUUGGUCCUACUAAGGUCGCGUUGCCGGAUUCAGCCGGCAAGAGUUUUGGUGAUGGUGCAACGUCAUGCCUGGAUUUGGCUCGAAAUGUGUAUGAUUUUUGCAAGGAAGAUGUCAACAGAUUGAUCUUCUCGCUUAAAGUUGGUCUCGCAGUUCUCCUUGUUUCCCUAUUAAUACUCGUCAGGGCACCCUAUGAGGUUUUUGGCUCCAGCAUCAUAUGGGCUAUUCUCACUGUCGCCAUCAUGUUCGAAUACACUGUUGGUGCGACAUUCAACAAGGGUUUCAAUCGGGCGCUGGGAAGUCUGCUUGCUGGAGUACUGGCCAUUACAAUCGCCCAGAUCGCCCUACACUCCGGCCGGGUGGGCGAGCCGCUCAUCAUCGGCAUCAGCAUCUUCUUCAUUGGGGCGGUGACGUCGUUCUUGAAGCAGUGGCCGUCCAUGACGCCCUACGAGUACGGGUUCCGCGUGGUUCUCUUCACCUUCUGCUUGAUAAUAGUGUCCGGUUACAGGAUGGGUAACCCCACGAGGACGGCCAUGGACCGCCUCUCCUCCAUUGUCAUCGGCGCCGUCGUCACCCUCCUCGUCAACGUCCUCGUCUUUCCAAUAUGGGCUGGCGAGCAGCUGCACCGGGAGCUCAUCAGGAGCUUCGACGCCGUCGCGGACUCCCUCGAGGAGUGCGUGAAGAAGUAUCUGUCUGAAGAGGGGUCGGAGGUACCGGAAUUCGAGAAGGCAGUGAAGGAUGAGUUGGUAGAUGAACCUGCAUUUCAACGGUGUCGAUCCACCCUCAACUCUGCAUCAAAGCUGGACUCACUGGCAAAUUCAGCCAAGUGGGAGCCACCUCACGGCAAAUUCAGCCAUUUCUUCUAUCCGUGGGCCGAAUACGUCAAGGUUGGUGCCAUUCUUCGACACUGUGCCUAUGAGGUCAUGGCUCUUCACGGUUGCCUUCACUCCGAAAUACAGGCACCCUACAAUCUCCGGAUUGCGUUCCAAUCAGAGAUCCAAGAUGCAGCUUCGCAUGCAGCUGAACUUGUAAGGAGCCUCGGCAAGGACAUCGGCAGCAUGAAGCUCAGUCUGCAAGCCAGCCUCUUAGAGAAGGUUCAUUGCUCAACGGAGAAGCUCCAGCGAAGCAUCUACACCCACUCCUACCUCCUCAUUGCAGGCCAUGGAUCUGUGGAGGCAUCUGGACCUACCUUGGCAGCUCCCGAUACCUGCAAGCAUCUAGCGGAGGCCCCCAGGGACUUGAGUGUAAACACACCAAAUGGUUCAGAGACAUGCUAUGAGCUGAUGAAGAAACAGCACAGGAAGCUUCACUCAUGGCCAUCCAGGGAGGUAGACGAAUUUGAGGAAGAUGCUGCCAUGGUGUCACUGCUACCGAGGAUGAAGAUGCUUGAGAGCACAACCUCUCUGUCGCUCGCAACGUUCACAUCUCUGCUCAUCGAAUUUGUGGCCCGUCUUGAUCACUUGGUCGAUGCCGUCAACAAGUUGGGCAAGUUGGCCAACUUCAAGAACUGAGGGUGCAGAUCAGGGGAAAGUCCAGAGCAUAAGAGCCUAAUGUCGGGAUGCGAUUUGGGUUCCGUGGAAACCUCUAUCUCUGAACUAGCUAUUUAUACAGUUUGUAACCAGCUUUUGUGACAGCAUACCCAUGGGCCUAAAGGGAGUUUGACACAAAAAAUCCUCGGAUAAAUAAGAUGAUUUCACAGGUAAA